UACAGAAUAAGAAGAAACAUUAAUGGAGUGCAGUGUGUGUGGGGAUGUGAGUUUUCAGAUCUAUCUAUUCCGAUGCACAAAAUGUUCAAUUCGUUUCCAGCAUCAAUAUUGCAGCAGAGCAUAUUUUAAGAAUGAAUCAGUUGAGAGUAUCAGUGAAGUAUGUGAUUGGUGUUUCAGUAUUCCAGAGGAUUCUGUUAAAAUAAUGAGAAGUUCUGCUGGGUUUCGGGAGUGCACAAAUAUGACCCGCAAUAGAAAAUGCAGGAGAAUUAUGAGAAAACCAUGCGUUGGAAUUGAUAGACGGCUAUCCAAAUUGCUGAAGAGAAUGGAAAAGACUGAAUUAAGAGAUAGUAUGGAAAGGAAAAAUAAGAAGAGAUAUAAGCUUCUUGAUGAAAUUCUCUGUUGAUUGUAAUGUUUCUCAAUGUACGGAAACUAAAUCUAGGUGGGAUAACGUAAAAAUCCUCUGGGAGUGACUAUUUUCUUUGUGAAUACAUCAAACCUACUUUAAAAUUAUCUCUCCAUUCUGAGUUGUGAUGAUGCUGUAAAAGGGUUCAAGUGUGAAGUUUAAAAAUUUACAUAAAAUCAAUCAAUCAUGAAUGGCAAGAGGAUGGAAGACCAAAUUCAUUGUUAGCGAUUCAUUUUUCAUUAGCAUUUGGCUUUUAGUAAAUUAUGAUGUUUUUACAUAUAACACAUGACAUUGUGACAAAA